UUGACUCUUCUAACAUUUCUGGUUAUUUGAAUUCAAUGACGAUGAGGAAAAGUGUGGAGAAAACAGUAGAGGGAGGUAAAACCGCCAGAGCCUGUGAUAGCUGUAUCAGCAAGCGGGCUCGGUGGUACUGUGCUGCCGAUGAUGCUUUUCUGUGCCAAGCUUGUGAUGCUUCAGUUCACUCUGCCAAUUCCUUGGCUCGUAGGCACGAGCGAGUUCGUCUUCAAACUGCCUCUUUCAGACCCUCUUCAGACAACUCCUCUGCUGCCUCAUGGCACCAGGGCUUCACCAAAAAGCCACGGUCGCCUCGAAUGGGAAAGACUGCUCCGGCAAGGAAGCCAUUUGCUCAGGUUCCGGAGGUGAGUGCUAAAGAAGAAACUGAAGAUCAAGAACAGCUUCUCCUUCAUAGAGUUCCUGUAUUGGGAGCCGAUUCAAAAGAUGGUAAUUUGGCUAGUUUUGUUGGGGGAAAAGAAAGUUCAAAUGGGUAUCUCUCGUACGAUAUGGAUCCUGCUGAAUUCGCAGCUGAUGUUGAGAGUUUGUUGGGGAACUCGCUUGAUAAUGAGUGCUUUGAUAUGGAAGAACUGGGGCUAGCAGCUUCCAAAGAGCACUCAAUGACUAAUGAUGAUUAUUCUUUAAACAGCCGCGAACUUAUUAAGAUUGAACCAGAUGAGAUAGAGGAAUUAACUCCGAUGCUCAGCGCAGAAGCCGAUACAAUGAGGGAGCCAUUUGAGCUGAACUUUAUGGACUUCGGCAGCAAUCCAACGACGUGCAGUGAGGAAGACAAGGUGAUGAUGGAAGUCAGGGCAUUGGUGAAGAACGGUGAACUUGAGAUGGAAGAGACGAAUAUUGUUGAAAACAAAAAGAAAGUAUCAUUGAGUUUGGAUAGUGAAGCAGUGAUAAUAGCUUGGGGGAGCAGAGGAACUCCAUGGACGUCCGGUGAUCGACCGAAUCUCGACCUCGAUUAUUACUGGCCGGACUACAUGGGUGUGUGUGAGAGUGAUUGUUAUUAUCAAACUUACGGGGAGCUUGGCGGCAGAAUUGGCCGACAGGCGGUGGCCGGAGUCGAAGGAGAGAGAGAAGCACGAGUAUCGAGAUAUAGAGAGAAGAGAAGGACGAGAUUAUUUGCAAAGAAAAUAAGAUAUGAAGUUCGAAAAUUGAAUGCAGAGAAGAGACCGAGAAUGAAAGGAAGGUUUGUGAAGAGAUCCUCUUGCUUUCCACCACCACCUUUGCCUUUGUUUAAUUAAUGAUUAUUAACAUCAUAUAUUAUAUAUAUCAUUUGUGCGUGUUCGGAAUUUAAUAGCCAAUGUUGAUUUUGUACCACUAAUUUUAUACAAUAAUGUCUUUUAUCCAAAGUUAAGGUCGGUCACUAUAUUCAUCGGAAAAUUAUAAUUGAAUUCUCUUUCUCCCA